CUCCUUGGAAAGUCGGCGCCUGCGCGGGGUGACAUCAGCCCCCAAGGACCUGAGAUGCUGAGCCUGGCUCUAGGAAGGCUGCUCCUGCCACUGCUUCCAGCUCCGCACCCCGGCAGGGCAGGGAGGGAAGAGGGAGCCGGCAGCUCAGCCCUGCGGCUGGACCCCGGGCCAGCCCUGUUCCCCCUCUUCUGCCUCACCUCCGGCCACCUCAGGUCGCCUCCCAAGGAGCGCGGUGGCCCCGCCCGGAUGCUCCCGAGGAUGCUGCGCUAGAUACCGAUGGUGCUCACCUUGCUCGUCUCCCUCUACAAACUGUGCCGGUUCUGCGCCAUGUCGGGUGCUGAGAGGCUGUCGGUGCCCGAGUGCGUGAGCCAGGCGGGCAGCUGGGCUGGUGGGGGGAGCUCCCGGGACCGCCGGGAGGUUUCCCCCGGGGUUAACACCGAUGUACGGGCAGCCCUGGAGCGGAUCCUGCCCGCCCUGCAGCGGGCCAUCACCCGUGCCAAGGGGGCGGCUGGCCCCGCCGAGCAGCAGAAAGCCAUCGGUGAGGUCUUCCAGCUGGUGGAGGAGGCCUGGGGGAUGCCCACGCUGGGGAGGGAUGUGGCCAAAGUGCUGUGCGAUGUGAUCCGCCUAGAGGGAGGCCUGGACCUGCUGCUGAACCUGCUGUACACGGCAGAGCUGGAGACCAAGUGCCAGGCAGGAAAACUCCUGGAGCAGAUCCUGGUGGCAGAAAACAGGGAUCGGAUCGCUCGGAUUGGCCUGGGAGUGAUUCUGAACUUAGCCAAGGAGCGAGAUGUUCCCCAGCUGGCGCAGAGCGUCUCUGGUAUCCUGGAGCACAUGUUCAAACACACUGAGGAGACCUGUUUCCAGCUCAUCUCUGAUGGGGGCCUGGAUUCUAUCCUCUACUGGUGCCGCUGGACAGACCCCAUCGUGCUGCGGCACUGUGCCAUGGCCUUGGCCAACUGUGCAAUGUAUGGAGGGCAGGCCAACCAGCGCCUGAUGAUUGAGAAGAGGACAGCAGAGUGGCUUUUCCCUCUGGUGUUCUCAAGAGAUGAUGAACUAAUCCGCCUGCACGCCUGCCUGGCCAUCACAGUGCUGGCCACCAACAAAGAAAUUGAGAAGGAGGUGGAGCGCUCGGGGACGCUGGCUCUGGUGGAGCCGUUCAUUGCCUCUCUGGAUCCGGAGCGGUUCGCCUGUGAGAUGUUGGGCAGCAGUUACAACAGCCAAGGGAGGACAGCAGAGGAUCUGCAGAGGCUGGUGCCCUUGCUGGACAGCUCGAGGCUGGAAGCACAGUGCAUCGCUGCCUUCUACCUCUGCACAGAGGCUGCCAUCAAAACCAGGCAGAAGAAAACAAAGGUUUUCAGUGAGAUUGGGGCUACGCAGAGUCUGAAGAGGGUAGUGUGCUACUCCACCAGCAGCACCACCUCCUCCCUGGCUAAAAAGGUGUUGCGUAUGAUAGGGGAGGAGGUUCCUCGGCGCAUCCUGCCCACAGUUCCCAACUGGAAGCCCUGCGAGGUGCAGACAUGGCUGCAGCAGAUUGGAUUCAACAAAUAUUGCCAGAGCUUCCUGGACCACCAGGUGGAUGGGGACAUUCUCCUGAGGCUGACAGAAGAGGAGCUGCAGGAGGAUUUGGGGAUGCACUCCAGCAUUACUCGGAAGAGGUUCUUCCGGGAGCUGACAGAGCUGAAGACUUUUGCAAACUAUUCCACCUGUGACCACAGCAACCUGGCUGAUUGGCUGGCCAGCAUUGACCCCAAAUUUCGUCAGUACACCUACAACUUGCUGACCUGUGACAUCAACCGCAACUUCCUGCACCGGGUGACAGAGCAGCAGCUGCAGGAGGACUGUCACAUCCACACUGGCUUCCACCGCGUCCGCAUCCUCACCGCUGCAAGGGAAAUGCUGCACUCCCCUAUAACGCUGCAAACGGCAGCUGAUGGGACUGAUGUAUUCAUCAGCUACCGGAGGAGCACUGGGUCACAGCUGGCCAGCCUGCUGAAGGUUCACCUGCAGCUGCAUGGCUUCAGUGUGUUCAUCGAUGUGGAGAAGUUGGAGGCAGGGAAGUUUGAGGACAAGCUGAUCCAGAGUGUCAUGAGUGCCCGCAAUUUCGUGCUGGUCCUCUCACCAAAUGCAUUGGACAAAUGCAUGGCAGACCCUGAGUGCAAGGACUGGGUGCACAAGGAGAUUGUGACAGCCUUGAACUCUGGAAAGAACAUUGUACCUGUUACAGACCAUUUUGAGUGGCCAGACCCAGAAACACUUCCUGAGGACAUGAGGGCUGUCCUGAAAUUCAAUGGUAUCAAGUGGUCCCACGAGUACCAGGAGGCCACAAUUGACAAAAUCAUCCGCUUUUUGCAAGGCCGUUCCUCCCGGGACUCCUCAGCUGGAUCAGAGAACAGCCUGGAUUGCUUGCUCUCUGUGGGCCAGACCUAGUACCAGCACAGCCCCUAAUCCCCUCCAGAGACUUCCCAGCUGACCCCUUUUUAUGUGGAGCUAAAUUUCUCCCUCUAGAUUUUUCCCCAUCUUAGUACCCUGGCUUGAGACAAGACCUGUGGCUCACUACCCUCCCUCCAUCCUCCAAAUAUGAACCCCUGGCUAUAAAAGGCCAAUACUCACUUAUAUGGUGCCUGGUAAACCAAGCCAGGGUGGACUCUGAAUGGAGUUGUCUUCCACAUCUUCCCUUGGAGCAGGACACACAGGCUACACCUCCAGGGUAUUAGGGACACCAAGGCUGUCCAGACCCCCACUGAUGGCUGCAGCUUCCUCUGGAAGCACAUCCAAAGAGGAGGGAUCUUCUGAGGACUGAAAGCUGGGGAAUUGGUGUGAGACAUCACAAGAGAACACGAGAGAGAAGAGCAGUUGAGGGAACAGUCCACAAGCAUUGUGUGGCCUCUGCUGGGUGCCAAGGGAACAUCAGAAGCUGAGAGCAGGAAAGGACAAAUAAAAGCUAAGCCCUAACGAAAUCCCUGUGUUUGGGAAAGAUAACACACAGGGCUUCUAAACUGUUCAAUGGAACCUUUCUCUUUCCCAGUAACGUCCCUUUAUCACAGGAGCUCGCUCACUCCCCGAGUGCCUUUCACCACCUGAUGCUGCAAAACCGCUUUGUGCUCUUAUCUCUGGUGAUAGAAGUUUGGGUUUGGAUCGGAUCUUCACAAAAAGGGC